UUACGCCAUUAUAGGAAACACCGGUUUUUUGAAUGUGUUUUCGUGUGAACGGCAACUCAAUUGCAGAUCAUUUGCAUUAUCUUUGAGACCAAACGAUGGCUAAAUCCAAGAGAAGACAAUCGACGCCCAAAUCCAAGUCACCCAAAGUGGCCAAAUACGAGUCGGACGAAGAGGUGGAUAAGAGUGAGGCUGAGGAGGGAACGGGUGGUAGUGGUGGUGGCGGUGAAGAGGCGUAUGUGGUGGAGGCGGUCGUCGACAAGAGGCGCCGCAACAACCGCGUCGAGUAUCUCAUCAAAUGGCAGGGAUAUGGAGACCAAGACAACACGUGGGAGCCCGAAGCCAACCUCGACUGUCAGGAACUCAUUGACGAAUACGAGAAGUCCGUCAAGUCUUCGGCGCAGAAGCCGUCAAAGGCGUCGACAGUGACGGCCAAGAAGUCGCGGCCCGCGAGAGGCGGUGGCGAGUCCUCCAUUAGGGAUGUGAUUGGCUUUGAGCGCGGCUUCGAGGCCGAGAAGAUCAUUGGUGUCACAGAACUCAAUGGUGACCUCUUAUAUCUGGUGCAAUGGCAAGGAGGCGGUGACGCGGACUUGGUUCCGGCCAAUGUUGCCAACCAUAAGUGUCCACAGAUUGUCAUUCAGUUCUUUCAGGAGCGGAUCCGAUUCAGCAGACGAUAAGUCAUACGCUAUUCAACACUCAUUACAAGCCUAUUGUGAACGCAUUUGAAACUCAUUCAGCAAUUGUAUGGAAAUGAUGUCACUUUUGAUUCAAUACUGC